CUGACAUUUGUUUUAUAUUUUUAUAGCACUAUAGGAAGUUAUUUUUUGAAGUACAAAUUAUUCUAGGUUAACUGAAAAUAUUCAGCUUAUGAUCUAGUUCAUAUAACAUUAUUAUUAUUUUUUUAAUCUUGCUUAAGAUGAGUUUUAGUUGUCAGUUAAAAUUAUUGUACAAUUUAAAGCAGAAGUUAAAAACCCCAAAUAUCAGUUUUAGACUUGUGGAUCUGAGAUUGGGAAAAUGCUGUCGACAUGGCCACGUGAUUUAUCAUCAAAAACAUCUUUCACAAUCUGUUGACCAUCACAGUUGUCAUGUGUGGAGUAAGUUGAGAGUUGUGUGAUCGACAAAGUUGAAUAAGUUGUGCAAAGUUUCCAAAAUAAUAUGCUUCUUUGUAAAUAAGAUGAAACUGCUGUUUUUUCUGGGGGGGGGUUUCCUCACCUCAGCUCGAAUCAUGUUUUUUCAAUUCAUACAUAGAAUAUUGGUGUUUUGAAACAAACAAUACAUGGUCAAAAUGUAAAUGAGAAGAUAAGUGUGUAAAUGGAAAAACAAUAGUGCAGUGGAUUGAAUGCUGGCCACAGAGAUCUUACAAGUACCAUCCUACCAAUAUCCAGCUUGUGACGGUACAUCUGAAUUAAAUUGUUCUUGGCUCAGAAGUUGGGAAUUAGGUUUACAAGUCAAAAUCUCUCCACUGUAGGUCCUGGUGUGUGGAGGGGGUUUCACAGGCCAGUGCCCAGGUCUGGACAGUCAGCCAGUGGGAGCUAAAUUUGGGAGCGAGGUGAUCAGGUUCCCUCACUGUGUGCACAUGAUACUGUCCUAGUUACUUGAGAGAUGUCCCUUCUCACACCGUCACACUCUCUCAACGAGUCCAGACACACUCAGCGAUCCUCUUCUUCAGUAGUCAGUACUGUACUUAGUCACAUUAUCUGAAGUAGGCUACAGGACGUUUUUACAACAGGCUCCUUUGGUUGGACUUUAGUGUCUCUUGACUGGACUGAAUAUUUUGGCCUGGUGCUGUGGAGCUCCAGUCCUGUCUAUUGCUUCUUCUCUGUCUCUCAACACCUCUGCAACAGCGCUUGGCGGGAGGAAGAGACUGCUGACCCGCCAUGUUUCUCGCACUAUUGGUGACGCCAGAGCUGAGGGAGUUCCUGGCCAGGGCGAGAGGUGGAAAAGUGCGCCUCAUCAAGGUGCGCAUCCAAGAUGAGCAGCUGGUGCUGGGAGCCUACAGAGACCCGGAAAAGAGCUGGGACCAGGAUUAUGAUCACUUCCUGCUUCCUCUCCUGGACGACCAGGAGCCCUGCUACAUCCUGUACCGCCUCGACUCCCAGAAUGCACAGGGUUACGAGUGGAUCUUCAUAUCAUGGUCUCCUGACCAGUCUCCAGUGAAACAAAAGAUGUUGUAUGCGGCCACCCGUGCCACAGUGAAGAAGGAGUUUGGCGGUGGCCAUGUGAAAUAUGAGAUGUUUGGCACAGCUGAGGAGGACAUCUGUUUGCUGGGCUACCAGCAUCAUGUGUCAUCCUGCUCUGGUCCUGCCCCGCUCACAUUAGCUGAGCAGGAGCUCCAGAGGAUCAAAAUCACAGAGGGCCGGGUUAAACAGGUGAAAACAGAGAUCAGCGUGGAGAGUAAGCACCAGACACUUCAGGGACUCGCUUUCCCACUGCAGGAGACAGCCAAAAGAGCCCUACAGCAACUUGCCCAAAAACGCAUCAACUACAUACAACUGAGGUUGGAUGUAGAGAAGGAGACAAUCGAGCUGGUCCAUUCCAACUCGACUGAAACUAGAGAUUUGCCCCGCAGAGUUCCCAAAGACACUCCCAGAUACCACUUCUUCCUUUACAAACACUCCCACGAAGGAGACUACCUGGAAUCUGUCGUGUUCAUAUACUCCAUGCCAGGAUACAGCUGCAGCAUUAAGGAGCGGAUGUUGUAUUCCAGCUGCAAGAGUCGAUUACUGGAGGAGGUGGAGAAAGAUUACCAUUUGCAAAUUGCUAAAAAGUUGGAGAUUGAUAACGGAGAUGAACUGACAGAAGAGUUUCUUUAUGACGAGGUCCAUCCCAAGCAGCACGCCCACAAACAGGCCUUCGCUAAACCCCGCGGCCCAGCAGGAAAAAGGGGACACAAGCGCCUCAUUAAGGGGACAGGAGGCACCCUACAGGACAGCUAGAGGCAGACAAAUUUCUCCUAUAGUCAAGUCUGCAGUUACAGCCCUCCCCUUUUCCCCAGACCCACUAACACCUCGUCAGGCCCAGAGGAACGAGCACAGUGAUGGAUUUCGUCUGCUGUUUGUGUACUGAAACACUUGUGCUGUAUAAUAUGUUUUUGAUGAAAAUAUGCUGAUAAAUGAUCUCAGUCUGUCUCUCCCACAGACAAAUCUAUAUAUAUAGGAAAACAUAAUGAGUAUAACAAAAACAUUCAUGUUUAUUGAUGACUUGCUUCAUUUAAAAAGUCAGUCUGAAACCCAGACAGAUGGUCUUGUUGUUGUGAAGCUAAUCUGUAUGGUUCUUCCAUACCUGUAUUAAUAAUAAUAAUAAUAAUAAAUGAUAGACUUGUACUGAAUUGUUAAUGCAUAGUCAGAUGUUUCAGUUCUUAUGCCUAGCCUCCAAUACAAGUUUUGUAUCAACACUGUUUGUAAGAAAUAAACAAUAUGAAAGGAAAUUCUAAAUAAAAGCUUGUUUAUACUGUGGUAUUAGA